GCUACUGCUUGCCGCCCCCGGGGCGCGAUCCGCCGCCCGCCGCCCGGGGACCCGGCGAGGGGCGGGGGCAGCCCCCGGGUCUCUCCCUCUCCGGUCCCAGGCAUCUCCUCAGAAAGUUUGUCCGUUUGCUCUCCGCCGGGAGUCCUGCCGCGGCGAGCCCUGCAGGUGUGGCCAGGCCCCAAGUGUAGGAUGGGGCUUCCCAUACGAGGGCCGGUGGCAGCCAGACCUGAUACGGCCCCCCUGAUCUGGGGCCAGGACACCAGCUGAGGACAGCAGGAGUUUCUGAAGCUAUGGCUGGUGCCUCGGUGAAGGUGGCAGUGAGGGUUCGGCCCUUCAAUGCCCGUGAGACCAGCCAGGAUGCCAAGUGUGUGGUCAGCAUGCAGGGCAACACCACCUCCAUCAUCAAUCCCAAACAGAGCGAGGGUACCCCCAAAAGCUUCACCUUCGACUUUUCUUACUGGUCACACACUUCGGCGGAGGAUCCUCAGUUUGCAUCUCAACAGCAGGUGUAUCGAGACAUUGGGGAAGAGAUGCUGCUGCACGCGUUCGAAGGCUACAACGUGUGCAUCUUUGCCUACGGGCAGACGGGAGCCGGGAAGUCCUACACUAUGAUGGGGCGGCAGGAACCGGGCCAGCAGGGCAUUGUGCCUCAGCUCUGCGAGGACCUCUUCUCUCGUGUUAAUGCAAACCAGAGCGCUCAGCUUUCCUAUUCUGUGGAGGUGAGCUAUAUGGAGAUCUAUUGUGAGCGAGUACGAGACCUCUUGAAUCCCAAGAGUCGGGGCUCUCUGCGGGUCCGGGAGCACCCCAUACUGGGCCCCUACGUGCAGGAUUUGUCUAAAUUGGCCGUGACUUCCUAUGCAGACAUUGCCGACCUCAUGGACUGUGGCAAUAAGGCGCGAACUGUGGCUGCCACCAACAUGAACGAGACCAGCAGCCGUUCCCAUGCCGUCUUUACUAUCGUCUUUACCCAGCGCUGCCACGACCAGCUAACUGGCCUGGAUUCAGAAAAGGUCAGCAAGAUCAGCUUGGUGGACCUUGCUGGGAGUGAGCGGGCUGACUCAUCAGGGGCCCGGGGGAUGCGGCUAAAGGAAGGCGCCAACAUCAAUAAGUCCCUGACUACUCUGGGGAAGGUGAUCUCGGCCCUGGCAGAUUUGCAAUCGAAGAAGCGGAAGUCGGACUUCAUCCCUUACAGAGACUCUGUGCUCACCUGGCUGCUCAAGGAGAACUUGGGUGGAAACUCACGCACAGCCAUGAUUGCAGCCUUGAGCCCUGCUGACAUAAAUUAUGAGGAGACGCUCAGCACGCUCAGGUAUGCAGACCGCACCAAGCAGAUCCGAUGCAACGCCAUCAUCAACGAGGACCCCAAUGCCCGGCUUAUCCGAGAGCUGCAGGAGGAGGUGGCCCGCUUGCGGGAGCUGCUGAUGGCUCAGGGACUCUCCGCCUCUGCCCUAGGAGGCCUGAAGGUGGAAGAGGGGAGUCCUGGAGGGGCUCUGCCUGCUGUGUCUGUGUCUGCCCCAGCUUCACCCUCAUCUCCUCCUCCACAUAAUGGGGAGCUGGAGCCCUCAUUCUCCCCCAGUGCUGAGCCCCAGAUUGGGCCUGAGGAGGCCAUGGAGAGGCUGCAGGAGACAGAGAAGAUUAUAGCGGAGCUGAAUGAGACCUGGGAGGAGAAGCUCCGGAAGACAGAAGCCCUGAGAAUGGAGAGAGAGGCACUGCUGGCCGAGAUGGGCGUGGCUGUCCGGGAGGAUGGCGGUACCGUGGGUGUCUUCUCUCCAAAAAAGACUCCACACCUGGUAAAUCUGAAUGAGGACCCCUUAAUGUCUGAAUGUCUUCUCUAUCACAUCAAAGAUGGUGUCACCAGGGUUGGCCAGGUGGAUGUGGACAUCAAGUUGACUGGACAGUUCAUCCAGGAACAACACUGUCUCUUCCGCAGCAUCCCCCAGCCUGAUGGAGAAGUGGUGGUCACACUGGAGCCUUGUGGAGGAGCUGAGACCUAUGUCAAUGGAAAGCUCGUGACAGAGCCACUGGUGCUGAAGUCAGGAAACAGGAUCGUGAUGGGCAAGAACCACGUGUUCCGCUUCAAUCACCCGGAGCAGGCUCGGCAGGAGCGAGAGCGCGGGGUGCCCCCACCCCCAGGGCCUCCCUCGGAGCCGGUGGACUGGAACUUCGCUCAGAAGGAGCUGCUGGAGCAGCAAGGCAUAGACAUCAAGCUGGAGAUGGAGAAGAGGCUGCAGGACUUGGAGAACCAGUACCGGAAAGAGAAGGAAGAGGCUGACCUUCUGUUGGAGCAGCAGCGGCUGUAUGCAGACUCUGACAGCGGGGAGGACUCCGACAAGCGCUCCUGUGAGGAAAGCUGGCGGCUGAUUUCCUCCUUGCGAGAGCAGCUGCCCCCUACCACAGUCCAGACCAUUGUCAAGCGCUGUGGCCUGCCCAGCAGUGGCAAGCGCAGGGCCCCUCGCAGAGUUUAUCAGAUCCCUCAGCGGCGGCGGCUGCAAGGCAAAGACCCCCGAUGGACCACCAUGGCUGACCUGAAGAUGCAAGCCGUCAAGGAGAUAUGUUAUGAGGUGGCUCUGGCUGACUUCCGUCAUGGCCGAGCAGAAAUUGAGGCCCUGGCUGCUCUCAAGAUGAGGGAGCUGUGCCGAACCUACGGCAAGCCAGAGGGCCCUGGAGAUGCCUGGAGAGCUGUGGCCAGGGAUGUCUGGGAUACUGUGGGUGAAGAGGAAGGAGGCGGUGGUGGCGGCGGUGGCGGUGAGGAAGGAGCCCGAGGGGCAGAGGUGGAGGACCUGCGAGCUCACAUUGACAAGCUGACAGGAAUUCUUCAGGAAGUGAAGCUGCAGAACAGUAGCAAGGACCGAGAGCUGCAGGCACUGCGGGACCGGAUGCUCCGCAUGGAGAGGGUCAUCCCCCUGACCCAGGAUCUUGAGGAUGAUAACGAAGAAUCUGGUAUGGUCACCUGGGCCCCACCCGAGGGGUCAGAGGCAGUGGAGGAGGCCGUGCGCAGUGACCACUCAGCAGCUGUCCGGCCCUCCUCGCCACCCUGUCCAGCGGAGCGGGUGUCCAGGCUGAUGGAAGAAGACCCUGCCUUCCGCCGCGGCCGCCUUCGCUGGCUCAAGCAGGAGCAGCUGCGGCUGCAGGCGCUGCAGGGCUCUGGGGGCCGGGGCGGGGGGCUGCGCAGGCCUCCAGCCCGCUUCGUGCCGCCCCACGACUGCAAGCUGCGCUUCCCCUUCAAGAGCAAUCCUCAGCACAGGGAGUCCUGGCCCGGGGUGGGGGGUGGAGAGGCCCCCAGCCCCCAACCCCCUGAAGAGGCCACUGCCCCGCCGGCUCCCCCUGCCCGCAGGCCUCCAAGCCCCCGAAGGCCCCACCGUCCUCGCAGGAACUCCCUGGAUGGAGGGAGCCGGUCUCGGGGAGGGGGUUCGACACAACCGGAACCCCAGCACUUCCAAUCGAAAAAGCACAACUAUUAUCCCCAGCAACCCCAGCCUUACCCACCGCAGCGGCCAGGGCCCCGCUACCCACCGUACACCACCCCUCCACGCAUGAGACGGCAACGCUCGGCCCCUGACCUCAAAGAGAGCGGGGCCGCCGUGUGAGUCCCACAUGCAGGGCAGACACAGGGCCUGGGGGGCCCUGGCUAGGAGGAAGGUGCCUGACAUGCUGCUUCCCCAAGAAGCCCUGGGGCGGAGAGGCCAGAGAGCAAGAGACAGAAGGUCCGAGUAGGUGACAGAAGAUGCCGAGAGUGAGCUGGAGGCUGAGGGAA